UUCCCUAACGCCAAACACCCUUGUAAACUGAAAAUUCAUUCUUCCUCACCUUCCUCCUAGUUUCAGCCGUAGGGUUUAUCUAUAUAUUUCUCAAACCCUCAGCUAAUUAUUGGUUUGUAUAAAUAAGUAAAACAAAAAAUAUGAACGUUGCUGCUUCUCUAUCAUCUAUUGCCACCGUUCGCUUCCCCAAUUGCCACCGCUGUUUUCGCUCCUCAAAAACCCUAAUUCCAUCUUCGUCGCUUCGGAUAAUUUCUCAAUUCUCGUCAUCACCCUCCUCCUCAUCUGCGCUGCCAAUGAGCUCGAACACGGCGGCUGUCGAAUCCAAGAAGCCGCCCAAGCAGCCGUGGCUCAUCGUCGGCCUUGGAAACCCCGGAAAGAAAUACCACAGCACCCGCCACAAUGUGGGUUUUGAGAUGGUGGAUGCUAUAGCUGAAGCUGAAGGGAUAUCAUUGAGCAGUGUUUCUUUCAAAGCCCUGGUCGGAAAAGGCCUUAUCGGGGAUGUUCCAGUUAUAUUUGCCAAACCACAAACUUUCAUGAAUAAAAGCGGUGAGUCAGUUGGAUCCAUUGUUUCGUAUUACAAGAUUCCAUUGAAGCAAGUACUUGUGAUCUUUGAUGAUCUAGAUCUCCCCUUUGCAAAACUGCGGCUGUUGCCAAAAGGUGGACAUGGAGGACACAAUGGGAUGAGGAGUGUCAUUGAUCACUUUAAAGGGAGUCGAGAUUUUCCUCGUUUAAGAAUCGGCAUUGGACGGCCUCCUGGGAAAAUGGAUCCUGUGAACUUUGUUCUUCGUCCCUUUACUAAACAAGAACUUGAAGAGUUGAAUUUUACAUUUCAAGAUGGUGUAGAAGCGGUGCGUAUUCUUUUGCUUGAGGGGUUCAACAAAAGCGCAACAUUUGUUAAUAGUGCCAAACCCUUGGAACAAUGUGGUUAAAUUGCUUCGUUUGUUAUCUUGAGAAGCAUAUUACUUCAGAAAUUCUUAUUCUGGUGAACCAUCCAUCGUUGUUCAUUAGUAUCUGGUAGUGACACUGACUCACAAUACUACUUUGAAGACAAAGCCCCGUCUGAAAUUUCCAAUCCACUAGAUUAGUUCCAACAUUCUUUCUCCGAACGAGCAGCUGCAGCUAUAUACUUGAGAAUUAGCGACUUGGUACUUUUUAUCA